UCUCUCUCUCUCUCUCUCUAAUGAUUAAAGUGCUUUGCUUUCCCUUUCCUUACCUGUGAAGAAAUAUGUUAUUUCACGCUUCCUAGAAAUAAUCCCGUUGUUGCCUAGAGCGAGAGUGUGUGUGAGAGAGAAUGGGGCUGUUCUCCAACAGGAUCGACAGAGGCAGCUUGAAUCCAGGCGAUCACAUCUAUACAUGGAGGAAAGCUUUUGUUUACGCCCAUCACGGCAUCUAUGUUGGAAAUGAUAAGGUAAUCCACUUCACCAGAGGAAGAGGUCAAGAAGGGGGGACUGAAACUGUGUGGGAUGUUUUUCAAUUCAGCUCUGUACCACCCCAAUUUCAGCUCUGUUCCACCUGCUCACCAUUAGAAGAAAGUCAUGGAGUAGUCUCUCACUGUCUAGAUUGCUUUCUUGCUGGUGGUAACCUGGAACGUUUCGAGUAUGGUGUUAGUCGUGCUGUCUUUCUAGCAAACAUAAGGGGUGGAACAUGUACCACUGCUCUCUCAAACCCAGAUGAUAUUGUAAUCCAUAGAGCAACCUAUCUGCUUAAAAAUGGCUUUGGAUCUUACAAUGUUUUCAAGAACAACUGUGAAGAUUUUGCCAUAUAUUGUAAGACAAGUCUGGUUGUUGUCAAUCAAGAAGGAUUUAGUCAGAGUGGCCAAGCAACAUCAUUAAUAGGUGCAUCUGUUUCUGCCGCCUUGGAAUCACCCUUGCGCCCUGUUACCUCCAACAUCUAUGGGAUAGCAGCAAUAACAAUCAGGUGCUACUGUUCACAACGGUAUGCUUCAGAUGUUGGCAUGAGGAAAGAUGUGGAGGAGGUAGCAGUGGAAGAUCUCAGUAAUUACUGUGCUUGGUAUGAUUUCAUUAAUGCACCAACAACCGAGCUUCUACAUAAAGAAGUACCAAUAGACAAUCCCACCCAUGAUUUACAAGAAUUGCAAAAAGAGGUGCGAGGGUUGCGAGAGGAGGUGCAAGGGUUGCGUGAGGAGUUGCGGGAGUUACGAGAGGUGUCAUGGAGGUUGCAGCAGGAGGAGCGUAGUGGGAAAAUUAGAUUCGAUGAAAUAAUAAAGCUUGUUGCAUCAAUGAAGCUUGUUUGUCAUUUUUUAUUAGUUUUUUUUGUUGUAUUUGUAGCAAUUUGUAUUGGCCAAAAAAUGUGAAAAUCUGAUGUACUUGAAUGGGAUGUUGAUAAUGAAAUGGUUUUAUUUUGAUAAA